AUGAGCACACAGGAUGAAGAUUUCAUGUUGGAAGAUGAGGAAGACAACUCUGGACAUCUUCAGCCUCCUUACAGCAGCUUGAGCUCUGCAAUGGUUACAUCUCCAACAACAGACACAUUGGACUCAGUUGUUUUAGAGUCAUCACCAUUUGACGACUUUGGCAAGGAUGGCGACACAGGUCUAGAUGAAAGUGUUGAUCUUGGCCCAUCUGAACUUGCCGGAGGCAUUGAAAUAAACAUUGGGAAGAGAGCAGGUUUUGAUUUAGAAACAACCACAGAUACGGAGCAGAGCCGGGAAGAUAAAGCCAACAUCAGCAGUUAUUUUGCUGAUUCCGGUGAUGACUUUUUUGACUCUCUUGGAGCAGCAAAGGAUGAUAACCAGCUUGGAAAUGACCUGUUUACAUCAAUUGCCAUCUCUAAAUCUGAAGAGGAUAUUUUUGCAUCUGAGAUGAAUGCUAUAGAGAUAAAAGAAUCAGAUGUGAUAGGAGUUGGAGCAUCUCAAGAUGGACUGAAUAAUGAAGGAAUGCGCAGGAUCAAUUCCUUUAUCCGGAAGAGUAAUGAAGAAGAAAAGAGGGAGACACUGGAUAAUGUAGAUCAGUUUGUAGAGAUUGCAGCCGCUGCUACAGAAUCAUUAUCUAAGGACUUGAAAGAUCAGGGAUUUGUCAACGAAAGCAGUGAGUUUACUGAGAUUGAGCCAGAAAAUGUUACUCGCAUUCAUCUUAGAGAGCAUGCUGCUUCCAUUUGUGAACCCGAAACUAUUGCAUUUGAAGGAGAAGGGGAAAGAGGUGCUUCAGAUCAAGCAGAUUUACAGAUUGCUGAUAUUGAAGAAGAGGAAAUUGAAGAGUUCUCACAAAAUGAUGAAAGACCUGGCUUCUUAUCUCAAUUAAGCCAGUCUCAGCAACUCCACCACCAGGUACCUGGUGUUUUGAGCCCUCCUGUAGAUUCAUCAGCAAGACUGCAUGGUCCAGUUGUGGGAACAACACCUUCACAGCUGUCUCCUGUGGGCACUCCCAUCCAUCUGGGCGACGGUGAUUGUCAAGAUGUACCAGCAUUAAGUCCGUCAAUACCCCCUAUUAUUCCUCCAGCAUUUGAAACUCAGUCGUCCAUUUCUGGAAGUCCUUUUUGCCAGCCCAGUCAGGAGAUGAAAAGUGGCUCAGUGUUUGCACCAUUUGGAAGCACGGGGCCAGCUGAUGAUGCUUUUACCUCAAUACUGAGUAUGAGUGAUGCUGACAGAAGGCAUGAUGCUUGGAUACCCUCAGAUGCCACCAGCCACAUCCUGAAAACUAUAGCAACCAGCCCUGCUGGUACUUACAUCACACCCAUUGAGCAGCUGAGCACACCUGGCGUGCUCACUUUCGAACCCCAGAGUGAUCCUGUAAGAGAGCUGGUAUUGCGAUACAUGGGGGAGCAGGAGGCAAUCAAGCGGUCAGUGCUGACAGCCGACAGUGUGACUCAAGAUAUUGAUGGCCUGAAGAAACUUAUCGAAGCUGGCUGCCUGCAUGCAGCCAUUGAUUUGACCGGCGUUUUGCUUGAGCAGGUUGGCCAGGGCUAUGGAAAAUGUGGCCAGGUGAUCGUGCACACGUUACAUUCACUACAGCUGUGGUUUUGCCGCUUGGCUCUGAUGGUCAAGUUGAGGAUGUAUGAGCAGGCUGAGGCAGAAAUGAGGGCAUUUCAGACUCUGGAUACGCCGGACCUGUAUUUCCAGUUCUAUGCUAAUACUUAUCCUGGCCGUCGAGGAUCAAUGGUGUCCUUUUCCAUGCGGCUGCUGCAUGCUGAGCUGCCGUUGUUGUGUGGCAGAAGUCAGGAAACCUUGGAUAGACUCUACUACAUGCUGGCUGUGUGCAACAGGAUAAAAUUGAAUCUGUCAUCAGAUCUUAGCGAAGAUGGCAGUGCCACUCACAUGACAUAUGAGGCAAGGAAAGUGUCUCUAGAGCUCUGGAGUAAGAGAGAAACUGAUAUCAUGUACAAAAUAGGGUCCACCAUGCUCAGUGUGAAAGAUUAUGAAGGUGCCCUCAUUAUUUACAACUCUUUGUUGGAGAAGGAGCAGAACACCCGCCUGGAAUUGUUGGCUGGUAUUGGAAGGAUACAUCUACAGAUGGGCAACAUAACAGAAGCAACACGUAUAAUGAAAGAGGUUGAAGAAGCCACAAAAACGGAUGGCUCUUUGUCGUGCUAUAAUCUUAUCAGCAGAGGUCUGGUGGCGAUGUGUGGGUCCAAUUUCUUUGAUGCAUACCAGCAUUUCAAGUCAGCCGUACAGAUGAAGCCACACAAUACUUGUGCUGUGAAUAACAUGGCAGUGUGCUCCCUGUAUCUUGGUCGGCUAAAAGAUGCCUUGAACACUCUAGAGCAGCUUGUACAUAGUGAUCCAGCCAACACACUGCAUGAGGGUGUCCUCUUCAACCUGUGCACCCUGUAUGAGCUGGAGACCUCCAGGGCUUUACAUAAGAAACAGGCCAUCCUUGACCUUGUUAGCAAGCACAAGGGUGACGGGUUUCCUGUGGGUUGCCUCAAGAUGACUUAA